GAAAGGGAGAGUGAGAUGAUCAGAAGAGGAGAGGUGAGGAAAGAGGGAUACAGUUUGAAGACUUCUUGAUUCCUUGAGCUUCAUUAGGGUUUCACAGAACUGGUUACGAUGGCCUUCUUGUUGAUGUUCGUGACGCUGCUGCAUUUGAUCACGCUGGCCAUGGUGUUUAUCGCCACUAUGGAGAAGUCCUGGUGGACAUGGGAUCACAUGGAACAAGCAGAUCUCUGGCACAAGUGCACCUAUGACAACAAGACAAACACCUUGAUGUGCACCUCGGCGACUGAGAACGAUUGGCUGCAGUCGGUGCAGGCGCUCAUGGUCCUGUCCGUGAUCCUCUCCUCCAUCUCCUUCGUCACAUUCAUUUGCCAGCUCUUCAUCACUUCGAGGAGAGGACUCUUCUACUUCAGUGGGCUUUCCCAGAUAGUUGCAGGUCUGGUGACAUUUGCAGCAGUCCUGAUCUACACUUUUCGAAGAAAAGACAUCCUACAGGACCCUCAGGAGCUGAGUAAGGGACGUUUCGGCUACUGCUUCAUCCUGGCCUGGGUGUGUGUUCCCCUGCUGCUCAGUAGUGGGGUUCUCUACAUCCAUCUGCGCAAGAAAACACACACUGCAGCCUGAAUGAAUGACCUGUCACUUGGGAACAAGUUGGUUCUUUGAAUCAACUCUUUUAGGUAAAUUUUGAGAGCUGACGCACAUUGAGUCCCUGAAGUCCCAAAAGGUGAUUUUUUUUUUUUUUUUUUAAAUCUUGUGCACAAAUAAAUAAAUAAAUAAAUAAAUAAAAUCACUUCUUGGGACAAUUAUGUUGUGCACACAAGAUAAAAAACUUGUGUGCACAAGAUUUAAAAGAAAAAAAAAGCCUUUCAGGACUUCAGGGCCUCUGUAGUAGGUGUAGGCAGAGUCAGGGUAUUUUAAUCAAAAUGUUUCAUGAAAACAAAUUUUCAAUGUUUGUUUGUUUGUGUGAAUGACGAGAUGUGGGUUUGACAGCUUUGUUGAUUAUUUAAAUAGAUUUAAUAAAAAUGCAGUAUUUUGGUAAGUAAAAGGUGGAGUAACAUCAGUUAUAUCAAGGCAAAGAAGGACAAUCACUGGUCAAAAUAUAGAAACUUAAACCCAGGUUUUAAUAAAAAUGCCAACGGGCGGUUCGGGAGCUCAAACAGUCCCAAACCAAAUGUGAAUCAAAUGAUCAGACUCAGUGAAAAGAACUGAAUUCCCAUCAUUACCUGAAGGGAAUUUCAUCACCAAGUAUUAAUUAAGCUUAAUCAGAGGUUAUAUUUUGCUUUGGGCAGAAUAAAAAAAAAAAUCAACAUUUAGUCCAGUCAGAAUCAGAGCCAUUUGCGUCUCAUCCUGGAUCUUGUAGCUUCAUUCUGCCUAAUCUAUUGUUAAAUUAUUCUUUUAAAGAAAUUGUGAAUUUCUUUUAAGAUUAUUGCUUAAAACAGCUCAUCUCAUCUUCCCAUAGAUGGCACUGUUGUCCAGGCUGAGGUUUCUUAUUGGCCCUCUGUAAUUUGAAAUAAUCAUUUUAAAUAAUUUUUAGAAUAUUAUUGUAAUUAUUAUGACCAAAAACUGAGAUGGCAGCAGAUGUAUUAUUCUUACAAAAUAUUUAUAUCUAUUCUAUCCACAUUCACUGGAUAUGAGCAAUCAUGUGCUCUGAUUGGCUACUCUACUACUAGGAUAUCAGCUCAUAUACCGUGAGUAGAGAAAAACAAAAUGGCGGAGCGUGUUGCUGAAUCAACCGAGGAUGAAAUAAAAACUCUCCUCGAAAACAAAACCACAAAGAAAUACCAAAAAAGCAACAAAAUAUGGAAUAAAAGUAUUUGCUGGUACUGUAAGAACGUAUCUUUUUUUUUUUCAAGAAUUAUCGCAUUUUUCACAAAUUGCUCCUGUCAUUUCGCUGACUUGUUUAUAUCCUAAGUGGAAAUUAUUUUGUCAGAUGUUCUGUAUAAAAGUUUAUUUAUCAAACUUGCAAAAAAUAAAAAAUGCUCCGUUUCUAAAAAUCCAGUGAAUGUGGAUAGAAUAAAACAGUUAUUCCACUCAAUCUCAUUGUACAUGGAUUAUAGACAAUUCGGUGCUAAGCGCCUCGUCAGCCAUCAGCUCAUGUACGACUUGAUUUCAUGAAAUAACUGUUAAUUAUAGAGCUUUGUGGCAUGUUUUUGACUGUCAUUUUUAUUACUACAUUAACACAUACAGUACUAGUCAAAAGUUUGGACACACCUAUGUAAUUCAGUGUUUAUUCUUUAUUUUUAUUAAUUAUAUUUAAGUCACGUAAUGUCAAAGUAAUGAUGGCUGUCGUUUCUCUUUACUUAGUCGUUCGGUUCUUGAUGGAUUACUGCAGUUGUAGAUGGAAUAAGGUGCUUUUAUUGCUUAUUUGUAUUUUUAUUAUUUACUAUUUGAUCUCAAAUGCAUUAAGGCGGCAAGAAAUUCAUCCACUAAUUACUUUUUGAUGAGGCACACCUGUUAAUUGAAAAGCAUUCCAGGUGAUGAACUCAUGAAGCUGGUUAAGAUAACGCCAAUAGCGCACAAAGCGUCAUCAAGGGAAACAGUGGAUACUUUAAAGAAUCUAAAAUAUCAAACAUAUUUUGUUUUUUAUCACAUAAUUCCAUACAUGGGCAGCACGGUGGUGUAGUGGUUAGCGCUGUCGCCUCACAGCAAGAAGGUCCGGGUUCGAGCCCCGUGGCCGGCGAGGGCCUUUCUGUGUGGAGUUUGCAUGUUCUCCCCGUGUCCACAUGGGUUUCCUCCGGGUGCUCCGGUUUCCCCCACAGUCCAAAGACAUGCAGGUUAGGUUAACUGGUGACUCUAAAUUGAGCGUAGGUGUGAAUGUGAGUGUGAAUGGUUGUCUGUGUCUAUGUGUCAGCCCUGUGAUGACCUGGCGACUUGUCCAGAGUGUACCCCGCCUUUCGCCCGUAGUCAGCUGGGAUAGGAUCCAGCUUGCCUGCAACCCUGUAGAAGGAUAAAGCGGCUAGAGAUAAUGAGACGAGAUGAGAUAAUUCCAUACAUGUUCCGGAUGUUAUUUCAUAGUUUUGAUGUCUUCAGUAUUGUUCUACGAUGUAGAAAAUACAAAAUACUCCACAGAAAAACCUAUGAAUGAGUUCGAGUAGGGGUGUACAAACUUUUGACUGUUACUGUACAUGCAUUAAUUGUUCCAGUAUUACUUUUAAUAAGAGAAACUUUAUUUGUACACUUGCACUUUUAUUUUCCUUUCAUAUUGUCAAUUUCCUUUCUUGAUAUAUAUAUUUUUACAGAGUAUACUGUACAAUAUGCUUUUAUUAAA